AUGGAGCACGAGGGAUCUAGAAAGAAACAAAAGAAGCGCUUGGGUGAUGUGCUAAGCCUGAGGAAAUGGCUACGAAGCCCGGAGGAUAAAGACGAAUCCAAUUCAGAAACGUUCUCAAGUCCUGGAGCGUCCACCCUGGGCGGGCUCAGUGUAGUUGUUGGAUCUGGUCAGUCAAAUAAUGUAGCCCCUUCGUCUAUGGCCAAGGAAUCAAGUCAAGCCAUCCAAAGCUCUACCAGUUCUACAUCAGCACUGGAUACUACAGCUCCCGUUCAGGAAGUUGCCAACUCCCCAUGGUCAACAUUGGAGAAAGCGCUUCAAGCUCUCAGCAUCACCAGGCACAUUUGCCCAUCUUUAGCUUCAGCUGCUGACGAUCUAAGAUUGUACCUUCCUAUGGUUGAAACCACCAGAAAAAUCGAACAAGACCACAAAAACAUAACAGCCGAACUCAAGUCGGUACUUGAGCUAACAGCCAAGCACAUGAAUGAUGUAUCUUUUGAGGAGAGCAGCGAGGCAAUAUCGGUCAUGUCACAAGCAAUCAAAAAAGAAAUCGAGGCAAUCGGAGUCCAUCAAUCCCGAAGAGGUGCACAGCGCGUACUUGGUUCAGGAGGCGAUGAUGAAGAUGUGAUCCGAAGGUACCGACGAAUUGAGCAACUAUUUCGUCAGAUUCACGGGGAGGCAAGCUUGAGCACAUGGAACACUGCCAAUAAACAACACACGAAUUCAUUGAUUGAAGGCCUGAACCCGGCGAAGCAAGCCAGGUUCGACUCCAGUCUAUCCAUAGAGAUCGGUCGCCGCACGUGUACCGAAAACACCCGAACGAAAAUUCUACAAAGCUCACUUGUAUGGUCAGAAGAGCCAAACUCAGCUAAGGUAUACUGGAUGAAUGGCAUGGCUGGAACCGGCAAAACAACAAUUGCUUGUAGCCUAUGCGUAGAACUGCAAGCCCGCAAGCAACUUGCUGCCAGUUUCUUCUGUACACGCACAUCGCCCGAGUGUCGUGAAGCAAAACGUAUAGUGCCGACAAUCGCAUACCAGUUCGCCCGACGCUCCACUCCGUUCCGCUCUGCCUUGUGCAAAGCGCUGGAGGAAGACCCCGAUAUUGGCGUUGGCCAUAUCUCAUCACAGUUCGAGCUGCUUCUCAGACGUCCGCUGAUAAAGGCCAGGGAUAGACUCCCGAACAACCUUGUAAUCGUGAUCGACGCGCUGGAUGAAUGCAUCGAUCCCCGCGUUGUGGAAGAUUUCCUGAGUCUCCUUUUCCGUUCGGCUAUGGAUUUGCCAGUACGGUUCUAUGUCACCAGCCGACCUGAGCCCGCUAUUAGGGAUAGAAUGAUGGUGGAAAGUGAACGCUCACGCCUAAUCUUGUAUCUGCAUGAGAUCGAGCAUUCGCUGGUGAAAGCUGAUAUCGAGUUAUAUCUCAGGGAGGAGCUCGCAUUCAUGUCACCUGCCGACGCUGAUGUUAAGAAGCUUGCCGCACAUGCAGGCAACCUGUUCAUCUAUGCCGCGACUGCUGUUCGGUACAUUUGCCCAAGGAAGAAGGGAACCAACUCAAGGACGCGAUUAUCUGUGAUACUUGCGAUCAAUAUGGAGUCAAAGCAAAAGCUAUCGGGGAUUGACGACUUGUAUACUGCUAUCCUCACACAGUGGACCCCAAAAGUGCGGAUUUUCUGA